AUGGUGCAGCUGCGAAAGCUCGCCAGAUACAAAAGGCUCAUCGGCCAAUCUCCGAGGCCCAACCCCGAGUGGCGGCAGUGGGACGGUCUGCUGCGCCCGCCGAAGCUUCAUCCGACCUUCGUGCGAGGGUAUCCGCAGUUCGAGAAGCCCUUCGAUCCAGCCAACCGUCUCACCCCAGCAUCGCAGAAGAAAUGGAGGCCACCACCGCAGCCCCGAAUAGUGAGUCGGAAUUCCGACGACUACAACCAGGACAACCUUCACGAGCUCAAGAGCAAGUUCCAGUUUGAGGUGAAAGGGAUUUUUCACGACAAGGGCUACAUGGCAGAAAAGGAGGUCUUCGACACAGCUUUCCAACUACACCUGGUUGGUUGGCUCAAGGUCAGAGCCACCUUCAUCCUUGGCCAUGUGCAGGCCUGCCUGAUCUUUUGUUGA